GGUUCUUCAAUGUUAUAAGGAAAUGGUGAGGUUUAGGGUUUGCGUGAAACCAAUGAGUGACAGCGAAGGUGCUCCAGAGGAGGUCACGAUGGUCGAGGGCCGGGAUGCCGCGGAGAUUGCUCAAAAGCAAGAACGCGACACCGAGAAGAGGAUAGCGUCCGAGGCGAAAUCCAAGAGACGCAAGCGGGACGAGCGCAAUAGAGAGGCAAAGCUAAUGAAAUUGGAGAAGAAAGCGAAGAAGCUGGAAGAAAUACAAAGGAAAGAAGAAGAUCUUAUCGAGAACGAUUCCGAUCCCGAGGCUGGAGUUUUGGCUAUGAAAAACUCGGGCUUCCUCGACGAGAGCGUUGUCCAGUUCCUCAUAGACAAGGAGCGGAAGGAAGCGACGAAUGUAUGCGAUGCUCAACCGACAGAGUCAAGGCCCAAGCGAAAGACCAAGAAGAAAGUUGCGAGAAUCUCAAUCGAUGACAGAACCAAGCUCGUAGUGCUGAAUGACACCCCGUCUCAUGCACGGAAAAGCUCAGACUUUCUCAAGCAAAGACUUCAAGGGUCACAUAUACAACGUUCCAAUAUCAUGCUCAAACCAAAAUCUCAGAAAAAAAGGUUUUGAAAGGAAAGUCUACAAAAUCAACUGUCUUCUUAAAAUUCGGACAACGUUUAACACCUCUAUACUCAUCACUCUUUGAAUACGUAAGAGCACUGUUUGCAGCUACGGUUCCAGUUUUAUUGUUAAAAUCGUUAAGAAGCUCGCAGCCUACACACAAGGUACUUUUAUUUGCUCUCGCACAAGUCUCAGGACGGGAUGUACUCUAUAGACAGAGGGAUUUGAGCGCCUGGCUGCGCGAUGGACCUGAAAGUCGACUGGGUGCUGUGAAAAGUAUAGCAUGCCGAGCAUGUCCCGACCACUCUGACCACCGCUCUCACUCCAAAGCCACGGUUAUAGUCACUGGUGAGAUUGUAGCUCCUCAAGCACGCGCUGGAGGGGCCAUUGAAAAUCGCCUGGCUAUUUGCUAGAGCCUGGCCUCGGCUCCAUCCACUUCGAGGACAAGGUGUGUAAGCUGGAACACGCAAACAACAUGAACACCCAGAGUUCCCCGGGGCCCUUGGCAAGCAGCAAGCUGCGCAAGGAGAAGAAUUGCUACGGCCAAAACUAGCGCUCGCUCCAUAGAUGUGAGUGACAUAAGUUCGAUCGGUUCGGGUUUUAAACACUCCACCGAGAGUUUGAGUCAAACUGUACUAGCACAUCAACUUUGAACUUAAGACAAUGUAGUGUAA